AUUUCCCAUUUUUUUUUAUUUAUUGGUUCGCCAUUCCAUUUCGUUCAAGAACCCUCAAGUCGAAGCCUAGGGUUUUCUAUAUCUCGUCUGCUUCGUUCUUAGUUUGCAAACUAAUCACCUGAUGGCAGGAACUGGCAUCCACCCAUACCUCCAGCAGUGGGCACCAGCAGCCACUGCCCCUCCUCCUCCACCCCCUUCUGUCGCCUCCACCGUUCCUCUUCCUCCCCCUAUCGUCAUCGACAACACCGCCCGCUCCGCCUCUGAUGAGGUGCGUACGAUAUUCAUCACGGGUCUUCCGGAGGAUGUGAAAGAGAGAGAGCUACUGAAUCUACUGAGAUGGCUGCCUGGAUACGAGGCUUCACAGGUGAACUUCAAAGGCGAGAAGCCCAUGGGUUUCGCUCUCUUCUCUACUGCUCAGCUUGCUAUUGCCGCUAAAGAUGCCCUUCAGGAAAUGGUGUUUGAUGUGGAGUCGAAGUCAGUGUUGCAUACCGAGAUGGCCAAGAAAAACCUUUUUAUCAAAAGAGGAAUAGUAGCAGAUUCAAGCACCUAUGAUCAGAGUAAACGUUUGCGAACUGGUGGUGACUAUACACACAGUGGUUAUACCAGUCCAUCUCCCUUUCAUCCUCCUCCAGCACACAUUUGGGGACCACAUGGGUUUAUGGCGCCACCUCCUCCAUAUGAUCCAUAUGGAGGCUACCCGGUUCCUCCAGUACCAAUGCCUGCGCCCUCUCCUGUGCCAGCACCUAACAAUUAUGUACCCGUUCAGAAUGCAAAAGAUAACCCUCCAUGCAAUACCCUUUUCAUUGGUAAUUUGGGAGAGAACAUAAAUGAGGAAGAACUGCGGGGCCUUUUUAGCGUACAACCUGGCUUUAAGCAAAUGAAGAUCUUGAGACAGGAAAGGCACACCGUUUGCUUUAUUGAGUUUGAAGACAUAAACAGCGCCACCAAUGUACACCAUAGUUUGCAGGGUGCUGUUAUCCCCAGUUCUGGUUCAGUUGGCAUGCGGAUACAAUAUCCUUAUAACGUUCUGUCAUUGCAUAACAGGCUUCUCUCUCUGGAGUUUGCAAAGUUUGCUUGUGACAUUUUUAAUGCCGUUACUUCUUUUUUUUACUGCAUUUAUAUGAUUUUCUUGACAUGUAUAUACAUAUUCAAAGAACCCCUUUGGGAAAAGGAAGGAUGCUAGCCACCAUGUUGCUGCCCCUGGUAGUAAUGGAGCCCUGCCAGCUAUGACAUACCAGUAGCUUGAAGGGGAUGUACUCUCUGUUCUUUAUGCUCCGAGAAAUAAAACUACUACAUGAUAGGAUGCAUCUUGCAGCUUUUGAAUGCAUCCAUUUCAUAAUCAAGUCAUCAAAAUUAGCAUCUCCCCUGCAUGUUAAUGGUUGCACGUACUGGCAUCAUGAACAUACCAUUUGGUCAUGUUUUAAGCUAUCGAGGGCAUGCAUUUCUCAGCAUGUUGAAGUGCCUGGAUCAUGUAAUAGGUGGCUCAGUUAUUGAUAUCAUUUGUAGAAGUGCAUUGGUCUGUGGUUUCGUGGGAUUUGCCUGCUUUCCCCCCCUUCAUUGACUUUUCUACUUUCAUAUUGACUUUUCUGUACACCAACACUAGGAAUGCUUCAACAUCUUUCUAUGUUAUCUAUAUUGCUUUA